AUGGGCAUUCCAUACCUCACCAAGCAUCUACUUCCAUAUGCCGAGACCGUGUUCCUGGGCAGCGAGCAUGAAGUAGUCAUCGAUGGGCCCAGUCUAGUAUAUCAUGUCCAUCGACGAAUGAUGGGUUGGAUGGACCCCAAUUGUGAUAUUUUGGACUACCAACCCUCUUGCGAUGAGAUCAGUCGUGGAGCUAUCUGGUGUUACUUCGGCGCUGACAGUCUCGCCAGACAUAAUAUCUGCUUUGAUGGAGCCUUGCCUCUGGCCAAGCGAUCGACACGUCUGUCUCGUAUAGAGAAAUCACGGCACCGACUGACUGUGGCUCGUCGGAAUCUAUCACUUCCGACUGCAUCAAAGUGUCGCGAUGUCCUGGCAACUGAACCGGGACAGGUUUGGUGCUGCCGAGGCUUGCCCCGUGGACGGAAAGGUCUGCUAGAGAAUCCUUUCAUGGUCUCGGUGGUCUACGAAGAUCUGUUGCACCGGUGGAGUAAGGAUGCGAUUCAGAGCGAAAUUCAUCCUGAUACCACCUGUCUUGGAGAGUUUGAGUAUCCCUGGGCAGCGAUCACGGUGAUGGUUCCUGGGGAAGCAGAUGUUGAGUGUGCUCGCGUGUCAAAGCUGACCGGCUGUGCGGUAUUAACCGACGAUUCUGACCUUCUGCUGCACGACCUCGGGUCCUCUGGGUCGGUAAUGUUCCUGGACUCAGUACAGUCACCCACACGCGUCUGGGACCCGGUCGAACCCCAAAUUCAAGGGCUGAGAAUCUGCCCCGUUGCGCUCUCACAGCGAUUGGGCAUCACAGAUAUCCAGCGGUUUGGAUUUGAAUUGACCAAAGACCCCCAUUUACGAUUUGCCGACGCCAUACGUAAAUCCAAGGUCGAGGGGACUGAGCUCUCGCCGGAUUAUCAUGACUUCCUCCGAGAAUAUCACCACUCCACCGAUCGAGAGUCGGUCAGUAGGGCUCAACAGCGACAAUCAAUGGAUCCGAGAGUGUCCGAGUUGUACUGGCAGUAUGCACUCCCCGAAAUUUAUUGCUCUGAUGAAAGUCUGCAUGUUUACCUGGGUAUCCUGAAUGAAGACCCUGGUAGACAGUGUGCUUGGGGACAAGGCCGGCUAUAUCGACGUCUCGGUUACGCUGCUUUGAACGCCUCCCGUGGAAGCCAAUUCACGGCGAUACAUGAAUUUGUUCGCAGGGGUGGAAGAAUUGUUGCUGACCAAAUCGCCCUAGACGAGGCAACCCUGGUCUCCGAUAUGCACCUGCUACGCCAGCGCCUUGACCUAGCACGGAAGACCUUCGAUCAUAGCGCAGAGAGCUUUUGGUUCUUGUUCGCCCUUUCUGAGAUAUAUGAUACAUCCAACACAGUACCCAGUGGUCAACAAUUGGAAAGUUUUCUUACUCAUGGGUAUAUGGAAGGGAGUACUGGUUGGGCAGAUAUUCAUCUGCUUGCUCAGGUGCAGGCCGUUCUAUACUCUCUGAGGAUGCUCCAACAGCUCCGCGAUAUCGCGGCUUCAAAAGAGUUUGACUUGCCGCCCUUGGUCAAGCUACCUCCACUCCACAUCAUGAUGUCGCGCCAGAGAUUGAUGCAGACUUUUGGCAAUAAGAAGGCGGUUCAGGAUGUGAUUUCCCGGCUGUUGACUGCAUAUGAUACGUGA